GCGCGCAUGCUCGGAAUCAUCCCCGAGGGGCGGGGCUGCAGCUGCGGGAGCAGGAUGGGGGGAAGAGAAGGGAAUUCCAACCUGUAGAACUUUGGGGGUCCUAUGGUCGGGUUCUUCCCCACGGUUGUGGAUGGUGAAAGGGGUGGGGCCUUUGGCGGCUCCUGGGGGCACUGGAGUUCGCAGGGUGAGGGAGGGGGUGUCAAGUGUGAGAGAGGUGCAGGACUUCCAAAUUUAGAACCUUGAGGCCCUUUGGGCUCAGGUCCAGGGCACUCCGGCCACCAUGCGCGACAGGACCCACGAGUUGAGGCAGGGGGAUAACAUCUCAGACGAUGAAGAUGAGGUUCGUGUCGCGCUGGUGGUGCACUCAGGUGCUGCCCGGCUGGGCAGCCCGGACGACGAGUUCUUCCAGAAGGUGCAGACAAUUCGGCAGACUAUGGCCAAACUGGAGAGUAAAGUCCGGGAGUUGGAGAAACAGCAGGUCACCAUCCUGGCCACGCCUCUUCCCGAGGAGAGCAUGAAGCAGGGCCUGCAGAACCUGCGAGAGGAGAUCAAACAGCUGGGGAGAGAGGUCCGGGCACAGCUAAAAGCCAUAGAGCCCCAGAAGGAAGAAGCUGAUGAGAAUUAUAACUCAGUCAACACAAGGAUGAAGAAAACCCAGCAUGGAGUCUUGUCCCAGCAAUUUGUCGAGCUUAUCAACAAGUGCAACUCAAUGCAGUCCGAAUACCGAGAGAAGAAUGUGGAGCGGAUUCGGAGGCAGCUGAAGAUCACCAAUGCUGGAAUGGUGUCUGACGAGGAGCUGGAACAGAUGCUGGACAGUGGGCAGAGUGAGGUGUUUGUGUCUAAUAUACUGAAGGACACACAGGUGACUCGGCAGGCCCUCAAUGAGAUCUCUGCACGACACAGUGAGAUCCAGCAGUUGGAGCGCAGUAUCCGUGAGCUCCAUGAGAUCUUUACUUUUCUAGCUACGGAGGUGGAGAUGCAGGGGGAGAUGAUCAAUCGUAUAGAGAAGAACAUCCUGAGCUCAGCAGACUACGUGGAACGUGGGCAAGAGCAUGUCAAGAUAGCCCUAGAGAAUCAGAAGAAGGCGAGGAAGAAAAAAGUCAUGAUUGCCAUCUGUGUCUCUGUCACUGUUCUCAUCUUGGCUGUCAUCAUUGGCAUCACCGUAACCAUUGGAUAAUGUCACAUGUUCUUGGCACUGGGAGAGACAGAGACCCAGCCUUUGUGGAGGUGGAGGUGGGGCAGGCCUCCAGCUGAACCCGUCCACACACUGGCCUUUGUAGAGAGGGCCUGUGGCUCUUCUGGGGUUGGCAGCUGCUCAUUCAUGGAAUCCUCCCCUGGAGUCCUCCCCUUCAGGCCACAAUGCCUGGGAGACAGUUUCCAAUGUCCUGUUUGUCUGGGAUACAUGGUUUUGUAAAAAAUU